UUUACUUUCCAUUAACUCCUUAUCACCCGUGGUAUGUACACAUGCCAAAAAAGCAAAAUUUUACGUAACGCGGCCGUAGUGCGAUUUUUACUCCCAGCAGACUGGGUAGAAACCAUAGGUUUAGUGAUUACCCAUUCACCUGUCACUGUCAGUAGGUCGCCCCAUUGUCCCCACCUAUUACUCUAAUAAGUAGGUUCUUGUAUAUGUGAGAUACUUGUUGGUAGCGCACAUGUCGAUGCAUAUUGACCCUUAGCGAAGCUAAUCUUUGCCGCAAAACUCCUCGUGUCGGUUCCUCUUUGUUAGUUCUCGUUCCUGGUGAAGUGAUGAGUGAAACAAAGCUCCAAAUUUUUCUCACAGUAUGCGUUUGUUUGGUAUUAAGAUCGAGGGGUCAUUCGUACUGCACGAGCAGCUAUGGGAGGGAAAUUUGCAGUUUUCUGCCCGCAGCGCCGGGGAAAACGCCGCCCUGCGCCCUGCCGGGGCUGACGUACUGUGAACACCCGCAUCAUUAUCCAGGCCAAAGAAUCCAAUACCUAAUCCAAAAAUGGCGCUUCGACCACUCCACCACCCUCAUCGAUGAAUCCAAAGAAGACUUCACCUCCUACUACUACCCACCCCCUUCGUACAAAUACGGCCCCAGCAACACCAUCAAACCCGAAAACUUCUACCCAGAACCCAUCUACAUCCCCAAACCCAACUACGUCUUUGACCAAAGCUCCCGCGUAGGAAACACCUACAUCCCCCCGCAACCCCCCGUCAACUACAACACAACCCAGCUCUUCACCGGCUACCCCGACCGAAGACACCCCCAAACCAGAAUAGAAAACUACAAAUACUCCAACGACAUCCCCCCAAGCACCUCCCCUAGAGACACCUACGGCCCCCCAAACCUGUACACGUCUCUGUCUUUACCCCAAACCAACCCCUACAUAAAAGUCUGGAACAGAAAAGACGAAAACAAAUUCGGGAAAGCGGUUUUGAUCCGCCGGAAGAGAUCCACUCACUUGAGGAAACUCAAGUCGAUAAAUUUUGCGAAUAGUACUGUGCAUGAACGAACGAAGCGGCAAAGCGCUUUGACUGGUCAGACUCUCUGCGAGACCCGCUCUCAGUUCAUCAUGCCCCGAGCCGCUUUGAACAACAAAGGCAACUGGAUGUACGUUGUCAACAUGCCGGAAUUAGAUAACAGGUUUACUCAACUCGUCAAAAGUGAAACUUGUGCGUCGCAGACCUGCAGCGGGCUUUGCAGUCUUCCUGUCGGCUACGCUUCCCGGUGCGAGCAGAAGUACGUCCAGAAGAGGCUCGUCGCUUUGGAGGGGGCCGGGAGCGAGCUCUACACCGACGUGUUCUGGUUUCCUAGUUGUUGUGUGUGCACGAUUUCGAACGGUUAGGUCUUUGCGCAGUCAGUAGGUCCAAUUUUGUAAUUUUAGUAGUUCUUGUGUUCAUUUAAUUGCAAUUUCAAAAUCUAGGUUGAGGCAAUGGGACAUUUUUCAUGUAAAUGAUAAGUUCCUAUUAGCUAUAAAUUCGCUCUGUCUAUUAUUGUUGUGUGAUUAUGUAAUUAUACGUGUAAAAACGUUGUGGCUAAUUUCAAAUUACUAUCAUUAUCUGUUGUGGGCCAAUGCUAUUAGCACGUAUUUCAUUAUUAAUUGUGAAAUCUUUGUUCGAUAAAGGAAAAUUCGUGUUUAUAGGUUGUGUUUUGAUGACCGUUGACUUUUUAGCUGUUGGGGGCUUCGUGCACACGAUUUUGGCAACGAUGAUCAAAAUUUCCGAAUAAAUUGGCGAAUUUAUAAGAUUUUUUUAUGUGUUCAAGUUUAUUUUGGAAUAAAACUAUUAUCAGAAACAGAAUUCUUUAUAUGAUAUAACAAUAUGAGGGCAAUGCAAUAAGACUGUUAAUAAAGAUGGCAUGUGUAAAUAAAUAAUACUUCUAUAUUGUUCACAGGUAAGGUGUGAUCAACAAAAACGUCUUCACACGGGCGUUUUAUUGAUCCCACCUUAUUUUCCUAAUCUGUAUAAAUAAAUAUAUAUGUGUAUCUAUAUCGUUUUAAGAUUCCUUUUAUGUGUAUGCUUUUUUGAUUUAUGUUUAAUCUAUUGCUGUGUUUUGUGUUUAGUAGUAUAUAUUAUUAAUUAUACUUAUUAUUGUAUUAUAGCCUAGGAAUUUUUUUCACAUCUUAUGGGAAAUAUCUCUAGGUUUUUGUCUUAUGUUAAGUUCGGUAAGAGCAAGAGCUAAUAAUCCAAAACAUGGUAGAUAGUAGCCCUCACUAUUCAUUUACUUAAUUUAUUUCGGUCACACUGUAGUUAUUACAUAGUGAUUUAGAUUAGAAAAAAUUAAAUCUCUUUUGCUAUCUAUACUAGUGCACGUAGAGUGACAUUUAAAUAGAAUUAUUAUUUGAUUUUCAAAUCUUUACACGUUAUAUAAAACUUACAACUUUAAUAUGCAAUUCAUAUUUGGCAGUGUUCCAAGAUUAUAGUUAGAAUUAGUUCCAAGGUAUGUGAUGUACAGCAUAAUCUAGACAACUUAAUAAUAACAAUAAACUUCAAGACAGAUGGUGUUUAACAAACUGUGUGGUUUGAAAUUAAGAUAAAUAAAUCAUU